AUGGUCAGAUGUUUCUCGGAUUUGGUCGCAUCCGGCACUAUGUGCCUUCUCAAACAAUGGCUGCCCUGUGCUGCACACCGUUUGCACUUGACGGUGUGUAAUGGUUUGGCCCUAUAUAAAACGAGGCGCACUGAGAAGGCUGGCAUCUAUGGACAUAAAACGGUAGAGGACGGUCUAGCACAAGCGGAAGAAGUUCUGAAGGAAAUGGAUGCAAAGGAUCCCACCGAGGGCGACAAUUCCACUAAUGUCAACACUGAUGCGCUUCUGAUGGAGGCAGAGGAGGACAUUGAACAGGACGAGCCUGAUUGGGGGCUUGAAGGAGAUGAUGAAGCAUUCCGUGAUGGCAUCGAGACUGCUGGGCGGGUAACUCGCACCCAAGCAAGCGCUAAGCGCUCGGUUGACCGUGUUCGAACAUUGAUCUCACUGCUGCGAAAAUCUACCACUGCUCGUGACAUCAUGAAUGAUGUGAGGGAAAAGUUCCCCCCCGCUAGCAAAGGAGGGACGGCUUACUGCGGGGACACGGUCACCCGCUGGAAUAGCACUUUCGCUAUGAUCAAGCAGAUCCUUGAUUACAAGCUCCAAUACGAAGAGUUUCAGCGUGCGGUGAAAUCGACAUUGCCUCCGAACUCACCAGUCUAUAAGGUAGUCGAGAACUGUCGGCUCAGUCACACUGAUUAUCGCGUCCUCCAAGCCGUGUACGAUGCCCUCAUGCCAUUUAAAUUAUGUACUGACUGGUUGAGCGGGUCGAAGUAUCCUACCUUACCUAACCUUCUCAUCGCUAUCGGCGCCAUUAGGCGAAAACUUGAACGCGAUGAACCAGAGGUUCGCACG